UUCGGGAUGUUUUAGGCGCGGGGCGGGGCGGUGUGCCUUGUAGACGCGCUCACUGGGACCUCUUGACUGGUUCGUGGUGAGAGCUGUGCGCUGCGUUAUUUCUUUCCCAAUAUUUCACUGCUGUGGACACAACUUAUUUAAAGCAACAUGCGUGAGUGUAUCUCCAUUCAUGUUGGCCAAGCUGGAGUCCAGAUGGGCAAUGCCUGCUGGGAGCUGUACUGUCUAGAGCAUGGGAUCCAGCCUGAUGGGCAGAUGCCAAGUGACAAAACCGUUGGUGGCGGAGAUGACUCUUUUACUACCUUCUUCAGUGAGACAGGAGCUGGGAAACAUGUGCCAAGGGCUGUCUUUGUGGACCUGGAGCCCACAGUGAUUGAUGAGGUCCGCACAGGAACCUACCGCCAGUUGUUUCACCCCGAGCAGCUUAUAAAUGGCAAAGAAGAUGCAGCAAAUAACUAUGCCCGUGGGCACUACACCAUUGGCAAGGAAAUCAUUGACCCAGUGCUGGACAGGAUCCGCAAACUGGCUGACCAGUGCACAGGUCUUCAAGGUUUCUUGGUUUUCCACAGUUUUGGAGGUGGCACUGGCUCUGGCUUCACCUCCUUGUUGAUGGAACGUCUUUCUGUUGACUUUGGUAAGAAGUCAAAACUGGAGUUCUCCAUCUAUCCAGCUCCUCAGGUCUCCACAGCUGUUGUUGAACCCUAUAACUCUAUUUUGACCACUCACACAACCCUGGAGCAUUCCGACUGUGCUUUUAUGGUGGACAAUGAAGCCAUAUAUGAUAUCUGCCGCAGGAACCUGGACAUUGAGCGCCCUACCUACACAAACCUGAACCGUCUGAUCAGCCAAAUCGUCUCCUCCAUUACAGCCUCCCUCCGUUUUGAUGGUGCCCUCAAUGUUGACCUCACUGAGUUCCAGACCAAUCUGGUGCCUUAUCCCCGUAUUCACUUCCCUCUGGCCACCUACGCUCCAGUCAUCUCUGCUGAGAAAGCCUACCAUGAGCAGCUCUCUGUGGCUGAGAUCACAAAUGCCUGCUUUGAGCCAGCCAACCAGAUGGUAAAAUGUGACCCACGCCAUGGUAAGUACAUGGCCUGCUGCCUGCUGUAUCGUGGUGAUGUGGUGCCCAAAGAUGUCAAUGUGGCCAUUGCUGCUAUCAAGACCAAAAGGAGCAUCCAGUUUGUAGACUGGUGUCCCACAGGCUUUAAGGUGGGUAUCAACUACCAGCCCCCUACAGUAGUCCCUGGUGGUGACCUGGCAAAGGUACAGAGGGCAGUGUGUAUGUUGAGUAACACUACUGCCAUUGCGGAGGCCUGGGCCCGUCUGGAUCACAAGUUUGAUCUCAUGUACGCCAAGAGGGCCUUCGUUCACUGGUAUGUUGGAGAGGGAAUGGAGGAAGGAGAGUUCUCAGAAGCUCGUGAAGACAUGGCAGCUUUGGAGAAGGACUACGAGGAAGUUGGCAUUGACUCCUUUGAGGGAGAGGAAGAAGGAGAAGAAUUUUAAGAUAUCAUUAAGAAAUACACUGCCAGCAUCUCUGCCAAGUUUCAAAACUAGUCUAUGUUCUUAUUCCAACUCUCACCAUGAAUUCCAUUAUACAGUAAAUGGAAAUACUGCCCAUUUCUGAUUAUGUCUCUUAUUCAAAAGUCCUAACUCUUAGCCAGAUACAAGACAAGAAGUGGCUUUGUCAAAACACACAUAGCCCACAACUGAUGCGUGAAAGUGUCCAGCUGUCCCCACAAAUACAGUGACAUUUAAUUGUCCUGCUGUUUAAUGACUUGCAAGCCUUGAGGUAGUCAUUUGCAUUUUUCAUUGGGAGUGACAAGAUGGCAGCAAGUUUUAACUGGCCACUUAAGCAUCGUUUAGUUUUCAGAGGCAAUACCUUUUAAUUUAAGCAUCAGAGAUUAAUAAAGCAGCAAACUUUUGAGCGAGGUGUACACAUGACUAUCAUGUAAUAACAGCAAACACAAUCGGGUCUCACAAAAAAGUACGAGGAUCCCACCAGCCUCCUCUCAGAGACAGCAGGUUGAAGCAUUAAAUAAAGAAAUAAUAACUGUUUUGGUAAACAGGGAUCCCUCUAUUUAUUGGUACUCUAAACAGUUAAAUGUGCAAUACUACUGAAAAUUAAAAUGGAAAAUGUAUCUGAUAUUUAGAGUAAAUUUGGCACCUCAUGGAUUCCACCGUUUUCAUUCUAACCUGGUUAAAAUAAGGCCAGAAGCCACCUUUUUCUCCAUGUACACACUAUUGUGGAUCUGUAUUCUAAAUAUACAAGAAAUGGGAGAUGACCUCAAUGACAGCGUAUACGUCUAUAAAUGAGCUGUCAAGCUUGACUCGGGUGAAGCAGAGGAGUGUUUCCCUUUUCUCACCUAUAGCUUGUGGCCAGUGUGCAAAUAGGAUUUUGUUCCCCGUUUUCCCAACUAUAAAGCACCCCGUCUUUACCGGGUGUAACCACAAACAUUUUUAAGCUGCCUUUUAAUAAACUGAGCAGUAGGAGCCUAGGGUAUUUUAAGAAACUUUUCUAGAUGGAUGGAGGCUGUGGGGCGUUUGGUUUCUGUUCUUGUUGACCCCAAAUGCUGAUAGAGUUUUGAAGGAAGGGUUUAUAGGUUGUGCGUCAGAUGAAAUUAUUUUUCAUUUACUGGUUCCCUUCAAAGUGCAAUUUCAUUAUUAAUAUUGACACUUUCAUUAUUAUCAUGGUACAAAUACCAUAAUUGUACUUGGAGAUUAGUGCAGGUGCGCACGCAAAGCUACCAGGCUAAACGUCGCCAUAUUUACAGCUUUCGAGAUAUUGGUAACUUAUCUGUUACACUUCAAACCAGAGCAGAGUGACCUUCAGUCAAGUACAGCAGAUUUAUGCUGUGCAGCUGAACACCUAAAAUGACCAGUGUUACAAUCACAGUGGACUGAUCUGAGGUUACAAGCCACGUGCAUUUCUAUUUAGUUUCCUCCAACUCUUCAGCGUUUUCAGAGGAAGCAUGACUUUUUUUUCCGGUGAUUAAACUGCCUUCUCCUACAAGUCACUACCUCUACAGUACUGUGUCUUUGACUUCAGUAUGUGUCGAUUAUCUCCAUUUUCUAUGGUGGUAAGGCUUUUUGGUAUUUUUUCUUGUCACUUUUAGGAUAACUUAUAUCUGUGGAAGAAAUGUUAAAUUCUGGAUAUUUUAAUCAGGUUUAUGUAAACAAUAAGCUAUUUUCAGGUAAUGCAGGAAGUACUAUGUUAUACUUUGUAAAUGUAGUGGUACCUGUAAAGCCACUGCCAAAAGCCCCUAUUUUUACAAAUAAAUUUACUAAACCCAA